GUCGUAUUCACUUUGAUAUGGCUGAAACCAUGUAAACAAUACUCUUUGUGUGUAAAAUUUGGGAUAUUUUCUGUGUUUGAAGGGACCAAACUGGCAGAAAUAAGAAAUGGCAAAUCAUGCAAGAUUGAUAAAUAUCUUCUUACUGGUUGAGAAGCAGUUUCCGACGGAAAGCAGUUUCCGACAAUUCGCCUUUUCGCGUACUUUCUUUUGAUCUUCAUAAAGAAGGUACUGCAACUCAAUUCUAUGGUUACUAGGCAAUCAAAAGUUGGAGUUCUUACCAAGACACUAAACUGGGUAUAGACAACAUGCCAAAACAAUAUUCUGGUCAUGAUUUGAAGCAUGCGAUUGCCAGCGUCCGUCGGGGGCAUUUAAGUAUGUCAAAAGCUGCAAAGGAAUUCUGUAUUCCAAGAACAACCCUACAUGACCAUGUAAAUAAUCCUGACCUCCGCACUAAAACAGGGCCUCCAAAGCAGCUGUCUGAGGAAGAUACUCAGGCAUUUGUCAACUUCUCUAUGUACUGCGCAGCCCAACAUCUACCUCUAUCUAGAGAAAGAGCCCGCUGUUUCAUUCUGGACAUUGUCAAGAGAUCUGAGAAACCCUGUCUAUUUAAUAUGGAACAUGGUCCUAGCGACGAGUGGUUUAGAAAACUGGAAGCCGAACAUCACGCCAUCCGUUUUUGAACAGCACGGAAUGAGGACCGUUCCAGGACUACCAUGUCCAAUAAGAAGGUCAUGGAUGAAUUUUUCCUGUUUUGGGUGGCACAACUUGAAAAACAUGGAGUAACUGCAAAGCCAGCACAGAUCUUCAAUUGCGAUGAGACAGGGUGGUGUGGAAAGGAAGAGAGCAAAGUCAAAGUAAUUGCUCCGCGUACGGGGCCAGUCAAGCAGAGACGUGUGCUGACGGCCGACCACGUGACGGCCCUUCUUUGCGUGUCUGCAGAUGGGAAGACAACGCCACCCUGUAUAAUUUACAAGGAGAGUUUCCCACACCGCACAUACAGAGAGGGUGUGCCCGUGAGUGACACGGGGUAUGUGAACACUGAGAUCUUCUGUCAGUGGUUUCUGCGUGGGUUUAUCCCUAACUGCGGUAAGGAACGCCCCGUUGUUCUCCUCAUGGACAACCACGACUCGCAUAUCAGCUUACCGCUAAUACAGGCUGCACGGGCAAACGACAUUGUCCUUGUCGGGCUUCCAAGCCACACCACUCACCUUCUACAGCCACUUGACGUUCACAUUAAUGGUCCAUUGAAGCAGAAGGUUUCAAAGAUAUGCAACAAUCUCGGAUUCCUGAGACCAGGUGUGGCCAUAUCGAAGGCGAAGCUACCGGUCAUAAUUUCACAUGCACUCGACCAGACAUCUCCUUCCAGCAUAAAGGAGGCUUUCAGGCUAUCGGGCAUCUUCCCAGUGGACAGGAAGCAGAUACCAGAUGCCGAGCUGGUUCCACCAACCAUAGACGUAUCUCUACCACAAGAUACCGAACCGAUCCGUAGCUGUCAUGCCUGUGGUAGCUUUAUCGGGGAUAAUCCUCUUGUGAAGAGAGGGCUGGUGCCAAGACAUCUUUGGGACAUAUUAGUGCCACCACCAAUGCCGGCUGCCCCGAUUAAGAAACCAAGCGCCAAGAUUGUGGCGACAGGAAGAGUGAUAUCGAGCGACGAUAUAUUAGAGUCGUUGAAGGCGAAGGAAACUGAGGCUGCAGAAAGAAAGGUUGCUGCAGAAACACGCGUGAAGGAAAGGGAGGAGAAGAGGAAACAGCGUUUAGAUCAUGAGGCAGAGCGGUUGUCGAAAAGGCAGCGGAGGGAACAUGAGAAAAGGGAGAAAGAUUUAGAGCGCGAGAACUUGAGACGUGAAAGACAGACAUUUGGUAGACUGGCCGAUAAAAAAUAUACGUGUGGGUUGUGUGGGAUUCGGGCAAGAGUGAAUGACGAGAAAGAGGGCGUGGAAUGGUAUGGGUGUGACAGGGCAGAGGAUUGUAAACGGAGUGGAUGGUAUCAUUUUAGUUGCCUGAGUGAAAGUGAGCAGAUGUCGUUGCAAGAAAGUUUGGAUACCGGGAGUGAGUGGGUGUGCUUGUUUUGUUCUGAAGAAUAAUAAUAAUAUGUUUGUUAUAUGAGUACCGUAUGUUUCAUCAUCAUCAUCAUCAUCAUCAUCAUCAUCAUCGUCGUCGUCGUUGUCGUGGUCGUAGUCGUUUUGUCAUCGUCACCUUUUCAUCCAACAUCACAUUCAUUUUAUUAUCAUGUUCAUAUAUAUAUAUAAUUAUAUAUUGUGAUAUUGUGAUAUUUGUACAUAUUGUACGAGUUAAUUUUGUAUCUGUGUUUUUUUAUCAAUUCAUAUUGCUUAAUUAUUAAACAUGAAUUAAACUUAUGUUAUGGUCACGGUUUUAUUCUCAUGUGACGCGAUUUAUAAAUAAUUUGAAGAAAUUGAAUAUGCAGUCGUAAAUUACGGGGUUUUAAUUUCUCAUAAAUGCCUUAGUUUAUGUAAAAAAAUCUUCUAAAUGUAUUAGAAUAAUCUAAUAUUAUGAUUAUUAAAUAAACAAAUAAAAAAACACAUGAUAACCACCUAAAAACCACCGCGUUAUCGUUUUGUCGGAAACUGCUUCUCAUCACAAGCAAAUCAGAACGGUGUAAGUACCCUCUUGGCGCCCCUACUAGAUACACUAUAUGUGACGUCACACAUUUUAAAAAUAUACCGAUAAUAGCAUCUUUAGCUGCAGUUUUAUAAAAUAUGAACUUUUUUAGUAGGCAUUUAAACACGUAUGAAUAAUUCAACAAAAACCUUGAAAAACUGUCGGAAACUGCUUCUCAACCAGUAUAUUUCUUUGUUUGAAAAAUAUGUUGAAAAUUAUUUUUUUUAAACCAGAGACGGCAGUUCAGAUGCAGUCGUCCUGUGUGUCAGAAACGUGGUGAUCAAAAUGGUUGAAGGUAGUACCCAAGAAAAUACAUUUACAAAAUUGUGAGGAGUAACCUAGCCUAUAUUACCUGAAGCUCACCCAAUAUGCAGUGUGUUCUGCUCUGUCAAUAACAACUCUGUAUGGCUGGUCUGACCUCAGUGGAAGUUGUUCGUUUAAAUGGUUUCGGGACAUUGAAGUAAAACAAUACAAGAAUGUCCCACCAAGAGUGAAGGGCUGCCUGUUUGCUUCAGAUUCCCAGUCCUCCUCGCUGAUGAUUUCUGAAGUCCUUACGCAGUCACCCCAGUCUUCAACCUCGGUUUGUACAGAUGAGAUGCCAUACACAGGGGAUCCGACAGAAGACAGCUGACAGAAUUCGUCGAUGUAUUUGAAAUGUCAUUGUUUAUUUGAAAAAAGUUACCUAUCCACACUUGUUCGUUUUAAAUUGCUGUUUGUACUAUAUGUGCUUUGUACCAUUGCUUUUUGUUUCAUCAGUAAUUCUCCAACACUUGUAUUUCGUGUUUUACAUGAACAUUGAAAAUUUAACAUACAGUAAAUAAUUUCAAAAAAUCAAAAUCAAAUGGAGAAAUACUGAUUUAUCUGCUUGCUUGUUUGUUUGUGCUGUCUUGCAUACCCCAGUAACGCGGGUCUUGUUUGCUAUUGUGAGUACUGUUGUUUGUUUCAUAAAAUUG